CGUACAACGCGGCGCAGCGCGCACGUCCUUGUUAAUUCGGGACUUCAACACUUCCUUAUCAUCCACUAUCUUCGACUUUCGCUGCCAGCAUAUAUACUCGAAACCGCCGAUGAGACCUAUGGAGCCAGGAGCGGGGUACCCCAAAUAGGAGAAUCCUGCAUCGACCGGUUGAACGCAACGCGUUCCUUCCGCCACGGCCAUUAUAAAGUACCAAUAAAAAUGGCGACGGUAAAACAUAUAGAAACAAAACGCAUCCAACUCACUGACAAUCGCCCAAGGGACGAUAUGAAUAACGAGAUCUCGUUUACAUCCAGCGAAAGUUCGACCUCCGAUCCGAUCACGAAGUUCAAGAACUUCUAUCGAACCUCGUAUAUACAGUCCCAGUCCGACAGCGAAGGCCCGCUAAGGAGGUCUCGACUUCCUCGGUCAUCGCGAUGGUGCCUCCCCAGGGUCAAAUGGACAAAUGGACCGGGAGUUGGUCAGAGAGGCCUCAAUUGUUCAGCGGUGGGCCUCUACCAGAACUGAAACAGACACCAGUGUUGAAGAACAGGCGAAGCGGUUACGUAAGGACCUCCCAGAGGUCUGCGACUCCACAAUGCCGAGGGCUCGAGGAUGGCGCCGUCGCAAACGGGUGUACUGGUGGAAAUCGCGGUCCUCCGCAACUCCUGUCACAGAGCCCGCAGGGAUGGUCUGGACACAGGUCUGGAGGAGCAGCUGCGGGAGGCUUGUCACCAGGCCAAGGUGGUACUUCAGCUGCCGAUAAGCGGUGCCAAGGAGCGGGUCCGGGAGGAACUGCUGGAGGGCCUGAGUAGAGACUCCUAGGGACGCCCUUUUUGCGUUGCGAGAAGGAAGCUCCGUAACCAGGGGCCUCCGGCAACGCAGACCCUACAGCCGGAGUUCUUGCGGCGCAUCGUUGAGGGACUCAUCCCGGACUCCCAGGGACACGUCCUCCCAGCGAUGCCUGAGGUCGAAAGGGAUUCCGCCCCACAAGUCGAUAGCGGUUCUGUCCCGCUGGUUACAGGGGGGGAUAUGGACGUGGCCCUGAGCCGCCUCCGGUCCACGGACGGCACCUGGAUCAGACGGCAUCCCGGUUCGGGUCAUAUAUGUGACCCGGGAUUUCCUCGAGGGAAGUCUGGACGCUGGACGCUCUGACGGCGUACCCAUAGUUUUGCUCAGCGAGGUCGGGAAGGUCUUCGAGAAAAUCCUCGCUGACCGGCUCGUUGGGCGCCUGGAAACUGUCGGUCCAGGGCUCUCGGUGGAGCAUUACGGCUUCAGGGCGGGACGCUCCACCAUUGACGCCCUGGAGUCGUUGAAGGCCCUUACGGUGUAACGUAAUAAAUGUCUAUUUAAUUACGUUACAUAAAUUUUAUAAAAUAAUAUUGUUGGAAUUUGCGCGCGGGCAAUCUUCCGAAAUGUCGCGAAACUGGUAUCCCGGCGCGAGGGGAGCGGUGCGCGGGGACCAACCGCGCUCGCGGCUUUCUAACUUCGCACGGCUCGUCAGUCGCCCAGGUCUCUGCUAGAGGCUGGACGCCGUGCGGCCGCCGCCGCAUUUUUUUUUUUACGACUCUCACCUGAUUGCUGCUUUUGCCUUAGACCUUAAGGAUACUUACCCUCGAGCUAUCUUAACCCCGUGUAUCGGGUAAGUGUUGAACGAUUCCUUAAAGUUUAGACGUUAGAAUAUCUUUUAAUUAGGUAAAUUACACGCAUGCGGGUCGGCCAUUACGCUCGUUGUCUUUGUUCUUUGUUCUCGCACAU